GAAAAGACGAUCCUUGUUCAAGAUGCAUUUCAUCUUGUUUCUUGCUCUGCAACUUCUGCUGGGAACUACUUUGGUGUUCGCCGAAGAAGAAAUGAGCAUGCAGGAAGUUCAAAAGCUUAUGUGUGAUGAAGAAAAUAAAGAAAUUUCUGAUGUAGUAAUGGGAUGUAUAGAAGAAGUGGAUUGGGCCUCGGCCCUGGGUGCUGCGAAUGAAUGCUAUCCUGAUAUGAAAGAAACAAGUGCUGAUGAAUUGAUAAAAUAUUUUUGUUCGCACACUCCUGAAGAAUUGCAAACUAGUGAAGACUGCUCUCGGGAAAAAGUAGAAGAGGAAGGCAAAACUGAAGAAAUGGAAGAAAUGAUGCAACAAAUAGAGACUUGUGUCACAGAUAAAAUGACUGAAGACAAGUAAAAUGAAGAGAGAGGAGAUAUGAUUUUUUUUCUUGUAAACUGAUCCCAGACUAUAAAGAAAAACUAUUUUUGUAGAUUAUUUUGUAAUUUUAAGCUUGUUGAUCGUAAUUUAAUAAUAAUAAUAAAAAAAAAACUUUAAAAGCUU